AUGUAUAUCUCUAAUAAACUUGAACUUAAUCGAUUUACUAUGGAUGCCAACCUUCAUGAUGGGGAAAUGGCUUCGAAAGUCAAUUAUUUAAACAGCAUAAUUCUCGCCCGAAAUCCAAUCGAAAGACUUGAAAAUCAAAAACUGUUUUCUGAUCCAACAAUUCUUGGAAGAUAUAAGAAUUAUCGUGGAGCCUCUUCUGAAAUAGCUACUUACAUUAAGAAUCUAGACCCAGUGGUUAGGGCAGUUUUUGUGGUGGAUAAAUCUCCCCCUUCAGCUCGAUUUCGCACAAUUCGUAAUCCGAGAGCUUAGGAGAAUCUUAAAUAGAUGAUUGAUAAAAUGAACAACUUUCAAAAAGAUGAAAGCGGCAAGAAAUAUUUCAAUCAACAUCGACGCAGUUGCAGUCCUCGACUGAAAUUACCUGCAGUCUAAAGAUAUUACAGAAACCCUCCUAAAUUCGGAGCAUAUCCAUAUGAAUCCAGAACCAUAGACAUAGAUAGUACAUUGUCUCAUUCUGUACAUUACCAUUGA